AUGGACCCCAGGCAUCUGCAGAACACGUUGAACCCGGGCGGUGGGGCGAUGGAUGCGAAUCAACAAAACGCCUUCCUCCACCCCCAAUACAAUCAAUUCUUUGCCCAGAAUCAGCUGCUCAGCCAGGGAUUCUACCCGAGUCAACAGCAGAUGCUCGACAUGCAGUACAUGCAACAACAACAACUAUUGCACAUGCAACAGCAACUCCCCCAACAACACCAACAAUCCCUCCAACAACCACAGCUUGGCCUGCACCCGAAUUCGAUGCUACAACAACAACAACUCCUACAGCAACAACAUCUACCGCAAUUCCAACAAGUUGCCCAGCAAAUGACCCAUCAGCAGCGCCUACUCGACCAGCAAAAACAACAAAUGGAAGCGAUACGGCAACAACGGCUAGCCCAGGAACGCGCCGAAGCUGAGGCUCGACUGAUUGAGCAACAGAAGAGGGAAGCGGAGGAGGCUGAGAAGCGCCGGAUAGCUGAAGAGAUUCGGCGUAAGGAGGAGGCGGAACGGCUCGCGAAGCUCGAGGCUGAGAUGUUGGAGCGGAGGAAGAUGGAGGAAGAAGCCGCCCGCCAGGCCGAAAUUGAACGCCUCCGCCUCGAGGCCGAGCGCCGAGAGCGCGAACAACUCGAAAAGGUGCAGGCCGAGCAGCAGGCGAAGGCUCGGGAGGCCGAGAAAAAUCAGCACGAGCUAGAGGAGCGAGGAGCCAAGCUUCCAGCUCCUUACACCAUGCUCGGCACGCCAAUUACAAAUUUGCUGACGCUGAUCUCGUUUCCCUCGGAAAAUUUGGCGAAUUCGCAGAUGCUGAGGAUUUGUCAGCCGAACGAGCUGGGGGCCCUAAACAACACCGACCCAACCCUGGUCGCAAAUAUCUGCGACGCUUUGGCGGCCUGUGACGUCAAUGACAUCAAAAUGCGCCAAGACUUUGAGACGAAUGAGACGGCGUUCGAUCAGCUGCCCCCGUUGAUAAAGGCCGUUCUCCAGCACCGUGCCGACGCCCUCGACGUGGAGACGUCGAUGGCGCAUGGCAUCGAUCUGGGCGACAUCAACGACGCGAUGAACACCGAUUUCAAUUUGGACCGGCCUAGCGAAACAUCAGCGGCGCCGAGACCCAUGGGUCAACCCACCGAUCCGGCCCGGCCAGCGUUCAAGCCCGCCGAAAUCGCGCAUCCCGAUGGUGAAAAGAUCCGCCGCCAAAUGAUCUCACUAGGGAAACAACCGAAAGCCGCGCAGAAUCAACGCAAGAAAAAGGACAUGGUCGCAGAGCUGUACGACUCGCUGACCGACUAUUUCGACCCAAGCCAGGGACCGCGGUCACGGAGAAAGGCCAAAACUUUUGAAGAGGAGCUCCAGGAUAAGAAGGAUCUCGAAAUGGUCGAGCGAAUGGAGCACGACGGAGACGAGUCCGAACACGACCCUGAAGCUGCAGGCCCUUCAAGCGUCAAGCGCCCCUUCGAGGAGGAUGAGCUGGACGGGAAGUUCUUUGACAAGCGCAAGUCGAAAAAGAGGAAACACGAAGAAUUCGAGCGAGCCCCCACCCCCACCGAGGUCAUCCAGGAGCGGGAGGCUGAAUGGAUCGAGCGCCAGCGGCAACGCAACGAGAAACGGAGACGGAAUCGCGGUGAUGACAGCGGCGAAGAAAAUUGGAGUAACGAUGUGAUGGCCGAGCAAGCGUCGCAAGAAUGCUUCGAGGCCACGAUUGAUCAAAUCGUGAAUGAGGUUGACAUCGAAUUCGGCCGAGACGAUCAAGAUGACGAUGACAAUGCCGACAUGGACGCGCAGUGUUUGAUCGAGGCGUCAAAGUUGGAGCAGCUGCGAAUGGAGGCGUUGAAAUUGAAGGAGUGGAAGAAGCUGAACAAGGUCAACGCCGAUCGUCUCGUCAAGCUCAUCACAAUCCUCGAGCGCAACAUUCGCGACGUGAUUCCGAGGGAAGGCGAGGCUCCAAUCGUCUCGUUUCUGGACGACGAGACCAUGGAUGAUGACGAUCAGGCGACCCUCGAUGAACGGCUCUAUCGCGCUGCGGCUGCAGCCUGCACCGCUCUGCUCGUCAUGACCGGGUCGAAGAUGCCAAAAAUGGUCUUCCUCGAAGAUGCUAUCGACCGCUCAAUCCAACUCUGCAAGCAAUACCUCAACUACAUCGUCUUCCCGGCCUCGGAUUCCGUGUUUCGAUCGCCAAACAAGCAGAAGAAAGUCGAAGAGAAAAGCCGUGGACGCCGAAAACUGGGCCAAUCGACGCGCACACCUAGCGCUCAACGAAUCUAUGUUCGGAUGACGGAUCUGAUCGGAUGCUUCGGAGAGCUUGUCCGCGUCCAAUCGCUGUCCGAGAUGUCGAUACAUCAUCUGUCCACCAUUGCCACCUCCGCCUUUUUCGUCAACAACAUCGGCGAGCUGCAGUGGCAGGCAAUGCGCCUCCUGUCCAACAUCUUCAACAAGUGCGACGACAACAUCCGCCACGCCAUCCUCCAGGACAUCAUCAAUGCCCUUCAUCGCCUACCCCAUGCCAAGACCACCUCGAACAGUCUGCGUCUUUCCACCGGCACAUGGCUGAACAACGUUAGCGUGCUCAUCAUGCAGCUUGUCCAGGCAACUGUGCAUAUGCCCAAGCGAAAGAAGAGGGAUGGCGAAGAGACUGACGAAAAGGCUGAAAUCGACCGAGCCGAUAAGUCCAUCAAAUCCUCCUUCGAAAGCGCGUACCGCAUCGCUGCUACCUUCCUCGGCGGUUUCCUGCAGAAGUGCUGCUCGAAGGGUGAAGAAGACAAUCGGCGUGUUUUCGAGUCCUUCCUCCACGAUCUCCUCAACGCUCUACACAAACCUGAAUGGCCGGCUGCCGAAUUCCUGCUCUCCAUCCUGGGCAAUAUGCUGAUCAAGCACUAUCGCGCGAGCAAGGGCACGGAAAUCGGACUGCGCACGGCCUCGCUGGAAUAUUUGGGCCUCAUCACCGCCCAAUUAAAGAAGGACGCGCGAUCGGGGGCGGAGGAUGCGAAGGCACGACUUGAGCUCGUCGUCAAGACGGUCAUCUUUGACGAAAUGGAAGACCCGCCGGCCGACAUUUCCGAGCUGGACAUUGAUGACAUGUCGGCCACUGAUCGGAUAAAGAAGCUGGAACAAGCCCUCAUCGACUAUUUGCUCAUCACAAAAGACGGCGGCGACGUGAGCAUCGAAUAUGCCGUUUCGUUCUACGCGUGCUACUGGUACAAGGAGACUGUCGAGGACUUGGAUCGGCUCAAGCAGGACUACAAGGCCAUGAAGAAGCAGGAGGAUCUGACCGAAAAGGACCUGCGAAAGAGGGAGAAAAAGAUGGAGCGGAUAAACGAGAAAGCACGUGCCAUGAAGGAAUAUCUGGUGAAACUCGUGGAGCGGAAACAGAUGAAGAAGCGUGUCGAUGAAAUUCGGGCUAAAGGACUGGAUGUGAUGCUGGAGGCUGAUGCUGCUUGGGCCGUCAAGUUUUUGGCCACGCAACGUGAGCUCACGCAGUCUGGAUUCGAGAAUUACCUGAAGCAGAUCCUCUACGGCGUCAUUUCGGAGCCAAUCGUCGCGCUGAGAACAAGAGCGAUGAAGUGCUUGACGCAGAUCAUCGAGGCUGACCAUGCUGUGCUGGGAAUCCCGGAAGUACAAAGUGCCGUCCAGGCCCGCAUGGUCGACCCGAAUGCUCAAGUGAGAGAGGCCACCAUCGAACUGCUCGGGAAGUAUCUGCUCUCACGCCCCGACUUCAUCCCCAAGUACUACCCCAUCCUUUUGGAGCGCAUCAAGGAUUCCGGUACGGCUGUCCGAAAGCGCGUCAUUCGCAUCAUGCGUGAGCUGAUCGAGCAGAAUCCCGAUUUCGACAAGGGCCCGGAGCUGCUAUCACGAAUCGUGCGCCGCAUCGGGGAUGAGGAGGGCGUCAAGAAAUUGGUGCUGGAGACGUUCAACAACCUGUGGUUCCAACCGCUGCGCGAGAAAGAUCAUGAAGCAUUGCUAAAACGCGUCCAACUGCUUACGGCUACCACGGAGCUCUGCGCGGCCGAGAAUACUGUCGAGCACAUUGAAACCAUGUUCAACCUCAUCUUUAAGACUGGUGACAAGGGCACAAUCUUCGCCUGCCGGCAGAUCGUUGACAGUCUCGUCGACUCUGUGCUGACGUUGGAAUCGAAGAUGGCUAUUGAAAACUCGAUUUCUGCUGCGGACACAAAUGGCGGCGGUGACAACUUGAACAAAGUGCGCCUCGCCAAGUCGAAUCAAGACCGCAUGUUGGCCUGUCUAACUGCGUUGAGCUUGUUCAGCAAGGUGCGAUCCGAACUGCUCGUCAAACACGCUGAGACGCUGCAGCCGUAUCUGAGCAUGAGUGUUAACACGCCGGGCGAGAUUCAAGUGCUCAAGCAGGUUAUCGACAUGUUGCGCCGCGUGAUCCCGUUGAUGACCCACCCAUCGGAUCAAUUGAUAGACGAUCUAGAAGAGUCGCUGGCCCAGCUGAUCGUUGGUGGAAAGGUGGUGAUCGUCGAGUCGGCCGUCGAAUGUGCUGGUGCCCUACACGAGAAAUUCCCGCGACGUCGCCCGAAAGUCACCGAGCGCUUCUUGAAGUUCCUUGGAGUUCUGAAUCAAACACGCCAACUGACCGAACGCGAUCCAAAGGCUCAGUCGCAGAUGAACGAUUCUCGGGUUGUGAUGUUGGCAAGAGCCAUCUUCUGCGUGGGUCUCCUCGGGCGCUAUUUCGAUUUCGAUGUACUGCUCGAAGAAGAACAGGACACCACGCGCCAAUACGUCGUGCCCACCGUCCUCCCCGACAACCCAUUCCUCGAAAACCACCAAAUUGAAGACGAUGAGCGGCCGAGAAAGAUCAGGGACAACGUCUUCUCCGUGCUCGUCUACUUUGCCACCUUCCCGCACGGCGUUAUCAAGAAGAAUUCGAUCACCAGCAUCGGGCAUCUUUCUGCCCAAUACGCCGAGUAUCUGACGAGACCUGAAGUUCGUGGGCUGUAUAUGAUGCUACUCAAAUCCAACGAUAUUCAUCAUCUGGCGCUGAAAAUUCUGGUGUUACGUAAUCUCGAGCAGUUCUUGAUCAACGAGGAGACGAAGAUGCACAAGCUGAAUCAAGAUUGGAUGAAGCGCAAAGAAACGGAAGAUCUGAAGGAAAUGGAUCAAGCGGGCAGUGGACUCGGGUCAGCUGUCAUCCAGAUCUACUGGAACUUCGUGCUCAAUUGCUACUUCCAUCGCGAGAAAGAAGUCCGCUCGGCAGCUGUUCAGGUAGCCUGGCGUACCCUGAAUCAAGGCCUCGUGACCCCCGGCUCCUCCAUCCCAACGCUCAUCGCAAUGAUGACCGACCCGAUCCCGUUGAUCCGAAACAAGGUCGAAAAUCUGCUGAAGGAGAUUGAUACGAAGUACCAAGGGAUGGUCCAGACGAAAGCCGUGUCCGGCAUUCGGGUCGCCUUCUCGCUGCACAACUUGGUGGGGCGUGAAAAUGGUCGUCUGCUGCGCGGCAUCCGGGCCAUCGAGGGUUCUGCAACGGCGAAUACAGCCAACAAGAAAAUGGUCCUUGACGCGUGGGGCAUGCCAAAGUACACGAACGACGGUCAAGCGCUGCUCUCAGGUCUUUAUCAGGCAAUGCGUGGUAAUAGGCAACAGCGCCGCAGCUUCUUGGCAUCGGUGUUGCGACUCUUCUCCGAGGAGUACAAAGACAAGCCCUCACUGCAAGAGUGGAUCUUUGUCGGCGACAACGUGGCGAUGUUCCCGUAUCAAGUUCUCGAUGAGCCCCUCUACGUCAUCCAUCAGAUUGACUCGAUUGUCGCGUUGUCUGGGGAGAGCAUAAUCAAUCAAUUCAAGCAAAGUGAUGACGACGUCGACUUUGAGCCAGAAGCCAUUUAUCUCCGCCUCCCCUCCGACAAGACGCAUCUUUUCACGCUGAUGAACAACUCGCAGGCUUGCUUUACCCUCCUCUUCCUCAAAACAUUCCUCAUGAAGCUCUACGGCUUCACUGAAGCGAAGAUCCAAGAAUACUCGCCAUCGGACGGUGCCAAAAUCUACGAAAAGCCGGUGACGCGCAAGAACGUGCAGAUGUUCUACCCACAGACGGCCAUCGCCGAGCUCGAUCCGGCCAGGAUUGCUGUCCGGGACACGAUGGAUGGCCACUACAAUUUGUCGCAUCAAAUUUGUCAUUUCCGUAAGAUGUUGCUAUCGCUCGACCGUGGCGGUGAUGACGAUGACGAGGCCCCGCCGGAAGAGCAGCCAGCUCCUGAGAAUGAACAAGUGGACGAAGCCGACCAAGUUGAUGGCGUCAUCACCGAGGAG